AUGCCUCAUUCUCAUCAUCAUCACCAUCCUUAUCACCAUGUCGAACACCUUGAUAGGCUCCCCGACAAGACGCUGGUGCAGAUCUUCAACUGCCUACCCAGCCACGACCUCUGCAGCGUCUCGAGACUAAAUAAGCGCUACCACACCCUCGCAGACGCUGUCCUGUACAAGACGGUUCAAUUUCUAACGCCUGAGCUGCAUCUCAUCUUCAGCGAGUCCCUUAAUUACCGGCCUAGACGCGGCUCGGCGAUCCAGGAUAUCAAGCUCGCUUAUCCCGCAUCCACUCUCCCUCAGCUCAUUUCCGACAAAUCCUUGCCAUCCAACAGCAUAUCUCAGACCAUUUCUCGUAUGUCAAACUUGGAGACACUGGAUAUCGCUGUGCCUGUUUCACUACUGCACAGCGUGGGACACCUUUUCAACAGCCCUUUUGACCUGGCUUGUCUCAAGUCGUGCACGCUCUUUUACCAGGAUGAGGACGACCAGUAUUGGGAUUUGCAAGAGAACAUCCACGUCUUCGCUCAUCCGACGCUCGAAACGCUGGUUAUUAAGAGGGCAAAGCUGGAUGAUCGCGGAUUUGACGUGGUUGAACGUCCACACGAGACUGCUCUCAGCAAGUUGCAUCUCAUCGAAUGCGACAUUAACGACGAUGCACUCUCCGAUCUCCUCAUAUUUCCGAAGGCUCUCAAAGAAUUCGUCAUGACCCACCCUGAAGAUCCCUCGCCCGAACUUGAGGAAAGCUCUGAUAGCAUCAGAGACUAUUUCAUGGCCCUAAAGUCCGCGUGUCACUCGCUGGAAACAAUUACGAUCGACUCACCAUUCCUGCGCAGUUCUAGGGCUCUUGCCCUGCGCGACUUUACUGCCCUCAAAACUCUGCGGCUGAAUUGGGAUCAUCAGCUAUAUGGCAAAUCUUCAAAAAGGCCGCGUCUGCAUUCGGUGGGACUACCGCCGGAGCUCGAGACUCUGGAGUUCUUUAACGACUUGGGCACGGACGAUGAGGUCACGGAUCUACUCGUGAACACGAUAGAGAAUGUGAACCUAAUGGCGCGACACCUGAAGGAACUGAUUGUGAGGGUGGAUGAUCGCGACAUUCCCAAGGAGGUUCUGGAAGCUUGUAAGUCGCAAUCGCAGUUUCAUCUCCAUGUGAUUGGAGGUGACGAGGAUUCGGAUUAG